AACAGACAACAACAAGCAAACCUAGCGUGUGUCUCGGUCCCCUGCUUUAUUAUUUUACUGUUCUUAUUCAAGAAAAUGGAUCUUAGCAGUGAUGACCAGACUAAAAUGUACUUUUAUGAAAGCAGACUUCAAACAUUCGUUGGCUGGCCGUUUGAAGAGGGCUGCAUUUGCACUCCAGAAAACAUGGCCAAAGCUGGGUUUAUUCACACCCCGUCUGAGAAUAGUCCAGAUACAGCGCAGUGUUUCUUCUGUCUGAAAGAGCUGGAGGGAUGGGAACCCGAGGAUGACCCUGAGAAAGAGCAUAAGACACAUUCUCCUGGCUGUGAUUUUAUCUUGCUGAAGAAGACUGUGGACAGUCUGUCUGUGGAGGAGUUUCUGAAGCUUCAGAAAGAGAGACAGAAGUUUAUCAUCAAAAAAUCGUGUAAACAGGCGAUUGAAAAAUUUGAAGAGGUGGUGAAGGUCAAGAGGGCUCAGAUCAUCCAGACUGCGAUGGGAGAGGAGUAAAGGGUUUCAUUUUGUUGUGGUCUAUUUUAAUUUUUUUUGUGGACCUUACUUUCCUCUUUUCUUUCUUUUGUACGUCAUGCAGCGCUUUGUUUUAUAAAUGUCAUAAAUCUGUACGUCACGUCACCUGUUGAAACUGUCCGUACACACAUUCUUCCUCCUCUUUAUAGUAUUUAUUUUAAAAUGAUCUUAAAGACUCUCAUGGCCCCAAUGUUUAAGGCACAUCUUCUAUCUUGUUCUUUGAGACCUUUUUAGUUUUUUUCUAACUAUAAAAACUGAAAUAAAAGAAAAUCUUGCA